AUGGGCAAAGAGGAGCAAGUCGAGGAGAGGGAAGUCCUCGACUCCAUCUUCCCGGACGAAAUCACAGAUGUCUCCGAAACAGAGUACCGAAUCUCGAUAGUCCUCGAUCUCCCCGAUAAUCUGCUCGACCCGCCCGUCGAACCGCCGACAAUGCUCCUGCACGUCCGGUACCCGGACGACUACCCGGACGUGGCACCGCACCUGGACCUCUCGCCGCCACAGAACAACACGUCCCCGCACCCGUUCUUCUCCGUGGCCGGGGACAAGGAGCAGCUCCUCGAGGGCCUGCAGGCGACGGUGGACGAGAACCUGGGGAUGGCCAUGGUGUUUACGCUCGUGUCCGCAGUCAAGGAGGCCGCCGAGCAGCUCGUGCUGGACCGCAAGGAGGCCGCGGUGCGGGUGCAGGAGGAGAAGGCCGCCGAGGCGGAGCGCGAGGAGAACAAGAAAUUCCAGGGCACCCCCGUGAACCCGGAGACGUUUAUGAAGUGGCGCGAGGACUUCCUCCGCGAGAUGGAGGAGGUCCGGAUACGCGAGGAGGACGAGCGGCUCGCGGAGCUCAAGAAGGCCCGCGUCAAGGAGCCCGUCAAGCUCACGGGCAAGCAGAUCUGGGAACGCGGUCUGGCGGGCAAGGGCGACGAGGGCGACGAGGACGACGUGCCAGGGCUCGAGGAGGGUGUGGACAAGCUCAAAGUGGCGGCGUGA